UCUGGAUCAUACAUUUCCAGCCCGACCAUCCUCGGACCACCGUGUCGCCGUAGGUUCAGCGACGUCGGUCUAGCAACCCCGUCGUCGAAUCUCGUCGCUAUCUACAGCCGGAAGGCACUUUUGUUGAGCUUCCUGUCUGCCCGUUUUUCUUAAUUCCGUGAAGAAUGGCAUCAGCGAAGGCAACUUUUAUCAUAAGCCUGUUGGUCGUAGUGAUGAACGGCGUGAUAUAUGCACGAGAUAUACCCGAAUUUCUGCACAUUUGCGACACCCGUGAGCCGCAUUACGAGAAAUGUGUCGAGGAAAGCAUAGAGUAUUUGAACCCGUAUCUUAAGACAGGCGUACCAGAAUACAGCAUCCCGUCAUUGGAACCUCUCAAAUUAAAAAAAUUGACGUUUGCUCCAACGAGCAGUAUACAAGUACAGGCAUCUGACGUCGAAACGUAUGGUGCUAGCAAUUUUGAUGUUAAGAAGAUAAAACUCGAUUUCAACACUAUGCUCUUUCUGGUGGAUGUAGCAUUGCCACAUCUUCAAGUUGAAGGGAAAUAUAACAUCGACGGAAAGAUACUGUUACUUCCAAUUCGCGGAUCCGGCGCAAUGCACGGCAACUUCUCGAAUUGCUUAGGCGCGUGCAAAAUACAGAUGACGAAAUAUCUCGACGAGAAUGGCGAAAUGAAGAUACGUAUCGUGGACUUCAAGAUGAAAAUCUCAGUAGGCAAUGGUACAUUGAACCUAGACAAUCUGUUUGGCGGCGAACGAGCUCUUGGGGACGUCGUUAAUGCGGCCAUUAACAGCAACUUUAAACUAUUUUUAAAAGAGCUCUUGCCAAUCGUGGAAAAAGCACUGUCCGACUCGUUUCACAAUAUUGCUGAUAGUAUUAUUCAACAGUUCACUCUUGCCCAACUCUUCCCCGGCGUAUAGAUUUAUCGGUGAUCCAGAUGAUAGGGCGGGCUGGAAAACAUAAUUUGAAGACCUAUUGCGAAAUAAGAGCAGUAGAACAAAUUAGGGAAAUUUAUUGUUACUGUGACUUUUCGCAACAGCGAAUCUUCUUUUGAGAGAUUGUACAAUGUCACACUAAUUGUAAUAUUUACGUCGUUUAAUUGAUUACAUUUGUUGAAAUUUAACAAAUAUAAUAAUUUUGUUUUUAAAUUCAACAAGGAUGAGGAAAAUUAAACCAAGUCAUGAAACAAUUUUGGAAUUGUAUAAAAAUUUAAUUCUGAACGGAAAACGUUAAUGAUUUGUAAAUAUCCAUAACCGAGUUAGAACUAAAAAAGAAUAACAUAUUUUUAUUAAUUUUACGGAAAAAUAUAAUUGUAAGAAUAUAAAAACAUUUUGUAAAAAAUUUGGAAUGUUUUCUAAAUUUUUAGGUAAAUUGUUCGAACGUGAUUUCUGGAAUUAUUAUUAUUAAAAAAUGGAUAAGUACUAAAUAGUUACUAAACAGUAUUGAACACCUAAAAUUAAAUGUAAAAAAUUAUUAAUUGAUAAAUAUUAAGUAUUUCUCUACAAAUCUACAAAAUUGUUGACACACUAUGUAGCAAGAUGUUUCAAUUCUAAUUAAUUUAUUAUUGACACAACGCGAUUAAAAACUUGGAAUAAGUAUCGGUGUGAAAUUCGAUUAUCGGUGCACAAUACACUGUGCAAAGUAAAUCUGUUUGUCAAUAAAGAAACAAUAAUUUAUAAAA